AUGGAAAUAAUCAAAAUAGGUUCGAUCGUGAGUAUUUCUCAUUUAUAAGAUGAUGAUGCUCUCAUUGGUGGAGAUGGAUUUAUCAAAAAUGCUGUAAUACUAAAAGGUAUGUCUCCUUUAAAUAAAUUGGACACUAAAGAUUUUAACAUUAGCUAUUUUAGUCAAAUGAACAUUCCUAAUUGCUUAUUUGUAGUAUGUCCAAGAACAUCAAAUGGAAAGAAAGUAGAAGUUGCCAAAAUCUUCCCUUAGAGAAAAAAGAAACCUUUUGGAUCAAUAAAUGAUGAUGUAACUGAUCAAAAAAGUGAGGUUACACCUGUAAGAUCAUAAGUACUAUUGUAUUAUGUAUGCUAAUAGAUUAAAUCAGUAACCCACUCUGUGCAACCAUUAUUGAGCGAAAAGUAGGUAAGAGACAAUCAGAUGAAUUUGUUUAAUGAAUUUAAAUUUAAUGUAGAUGGGUUUGAGAAAGAGAAAGGCAAUUAUGUUAAAUAUGAAGAGCCAAUCUAAUUAUUGCAUUUAGCGUCAUCUAAAUGGCUUUGUUCAUUGUUGGAUGAGGCCAAAUUUGAAAAUUAAAAUUUUAAAUUGGCUUUGAGUGAUUAUACUAGCGAUGAAACUCUAUUUAAAAUAGUAGCCACUUAUAAAUAUUAAAAAGAAGGAGAUCAAAUAGUAUAUUCUCAAGAAAUCGUCAGGAUUAUGCGUAUGAUACCUUUUCUUGGGAAACCCACUUAUUUACAUUGUUCAGGUGAGAUACCAUAGAAAGCCAUUAAAGAGUAUAGAGAGAAUAGUGAAGUUAAGAUUUAGAAGAGAGAAAUUAAUGCAUCGCUUGAAGAAUCAACAUCUUGGAAAAUUAAUCUAUUCGCUGAAGAACUACCCAUUGAUGGUGAUUUGGUAUGGAUUCAUCACUCUGAAACUUGUUCAUAAUUGGCUGUUGAUUAUGAAAGAGAUCUAAACAGAGCUAAGAUUUCUGUGUUUCAAACAGAUUUAAGUGAAUUAUCAUUUGAUAAUUACAGUGGCAAUGCAUAUUCAAUGUGGAUAAUUGAAGGUGAAGAUUAUAAGAAAGGAGGACCUUAUUUAUAUUCUAAUAAUUAUAGAUUAAAGCAUUUUCAUACAGGGUUGUAUUUAGCUUGUGUCAGAGUAAUCCCAAAGGAACAAGAAGAUAUUAAGAUUGAUCCAUAUGGCAAAAAGAAAGUGAUUAUUCCAAAGAGUAAGAAGGUGCCUGCCACUUUUGCCUUAUAAGUCUAGCCUAACAAGGAUUCUUUGUUUAGAUUUGAACCCUUAAAAUCAGUUAAUAAGGAUGAAAUUUAAUCUGAUUUUAUUUAAAUUAGAAGUGUCACUUAAGGAAAAUAUCUAGAUGUUAUUAAUAAAUUCCAUCAAGAUGAAAAUACAUUGAAACCAGUAAUAUUAAAUCAAAAGAAUGAACAUGCAGUCUUUAAGAUCUUCAGAGCAAAUAAAUAAGAAACCUAAGAAGUACUAUUUUUAGAUUCAUGUACAAAAUAAUUAAGAAAGUAUUAAUUUUAUAUCAAUUUGCUUUUUAAGUUUGAAUAAAAUUAAAUGUAUUAAUCAUUAUCUGAUGAUGUAGAGCUAUUGAAAAUAAAGACCAAAAAAUUGGCUACUGCUUAAAGAUGCAUUUAAAACUUAGAUGAUUUUCUUAGAUAAAAAAUAUACAAUUCAAGUCCAUCUUAAAAAUAUGGAUUUAUAUCUCCUAAAAGGUAGAAACUAUUGAAAGAUCAACAUUUCUUUGAUGUGCUGUUACAAAUUCUUACAUCCACAGUCACUAAAUAAGAAUUAGAAAUAUGGUCGAAUAAAAAGGGAAAUCUCAAGGCAUUAGAAUAACCAUCCAUGACUGAAAAAAAUCAAAGAAAAUAAUAAACCAUCUCUGAGAAGGAUAAAUUAGAGCUGUCCAAUUCAAAGGUUGAGGUUUGCAAUAUGAUUUUCGUGUUGCUACAAACUAGUGUAAUAAAUAAUACAAGCAAUUAACUUUAUCUGUUUGAACGAUUGCCAGAUUAUCAACAUUAUUGUAAGUAUCUACCAUAGACUAUUAACUUUUUGAUUGAGAUGGUGAAGAGCAAUGAGAAAAUAUUAAUAAACCUAUGCAACAAUUUAAAGAUCGAAUUUGAUUACAUAAAAAAACAGGAAAUUGAAGAUGAUCUUAAAAACAAAGUCAAAGUGUUAAUAAAUUUCUAUGAGAAAGAUGCAGGAAUACAGUAGGAUGUUUCAAUUCCUGUAAAAGUGCAUGAUCGUAUCAUUACAAGACCAAUCAAUAUAAUACAAUAUUUCUUCAACUUGAUUAUUGAUGACACUGCCAAAAACAAUGAACAUUAUUUGAGAUUUUUGAGACAUAUUUGUAGAUAUAAAAAUAAUGCCAUUAGUAUCAAUUAGGAGAAUUUGUUUAAGUUGUAUAAGAAAUAUAAUAAAUAAACUAAAUUGUUACAAAUUGAAACUAAUAAUGGAUGCAUAAUUGAUAAGGAAAUCUCAUUUUAAUAUGAAUUAUUACAAUUCUUUUCAGAAGUAUCUUAUGGUAGAAAUUAUUUAUGGUAAGCAGAGUUGAGUCCAUUGUUUGAGAAGGAUAUUCUAAUAAACUAGAUCUGGAAUCCAAAUCAGGUUGAGGGUAAUCAAAUAGAUGAUAAAUUAAGGUCAUAUUGGUGCAGAUUAAGUAGAACUCUGUAUAUUGAUUAAUAACCAUUCUAAUAUUUGAUUGUUCCUAAUUUUUGUCGAUUGUAUUCCCCUUAUCAAGACUAAUUGAAAAACAGGAAUGAUGAGGAAAUUGAGAAGCAAUUCAAAUUGAAAAAGAUGUUUAAAUACAUAAAAACUAAGAGAAGCGAAGUCUAUGAGGCAAUAGCCAGUCGUGCAUCUAGUGAUUUAUUAAAUGAUGAAUUGGUCUAUAAUGCAGCUGAUUAAAUCUUAACUAUGUUAUAAUUAGACAUCAUGCCAAAUAAGUAUUACAACAAAAUAAUUAAAUAUAUGUCAGAAAUGUUCAUAUAUGAUAGAAAGAAUCUUGAUUAUUUGAAUGCUGCAGUCAAAAGCUAUCAAAAAACAGUUACUGAGAGGAAGAGUAAAAAAAGUAUAGUGAUCAAUCAAUUUGGAAAUGUCUUUAGUGGAAUGAAAGAUCUCAUAUAGUUAAAAUAAGAGGAUAAGGAAGAAAUUGCAGAAGAGGAAGAAGACGAAGAAAUUAAUUUAUAUGAUUAACCGAAAUUGUUUCUUAAUCCAAUAAUGAAAGGAUUUAUGGCAAUGAGUAAUCAAUUGGAAGGGUUGAUAACUUUACCAAAAUCAUAAUAGGAAAUUGAAUUUAAAUUGAAAGUGUGUUCAAUUCUUGAUCAUUUCUUAGAUCGAAGACAGAACUUCCUUAUUUCUAACAUUUUAUUAUUCUUCUUAAAAUAUUAAUAUACAAAUGACGAUUUGUCAGAUGAGGAUGAUGAUUAAACUAUUAAGGCUGCACCUAAGAUAUUUAAUAAUAACUACAAAACAUUGAUUCCCACUAUUGCUAGAACUGGAAUCGAUGAGAUUGAUGAACCAGAAGAUACAACUUAGGAUUUCCUAUAGAUGGCAGUUAAGAAGCCACCUACAUUUACUAACUAUUUCCAAUAAUAUAACAUCAAAUCUGAAGAUGAAUUCUAAGAAUUAGAUUACUACUUGAGUUAAGCAUAAAAGUUUGAUAAUAAUGAGAGAUUGAGUGAAGAUUAAUUAAAGGAGAAAUAAGUGGCAAGUUUAUUACCCUAUUUGAUGUCAACUUACUUUUUAGUUAAGGAUUAAGUUUUAGAGGAAAGGUGUCUUAAUGUAAUUAUGAGAGUUUUUAAUUAAAGAGAAGAGUUGCGAGAAAAUAUGAAAAAGCUGUAAAUCUUAUUUGAUGAUGAUAAUAUAAAGAUAUACGAAUUUGUUGAACAUCUCCAAAAGGAUUUAAGAGUAAUGGUGGAGAAGACUGAAAUUUGGUUGACUCAAUUUAGGGCUGGAUAUGAUGUUGAAGAACUAGAUAAAUGUGCCCAAAUCAUUAGACAAUUAACCCUGUGUAUGAGAUAAGGAGUUCAAGUGAAUGAUCGCGAGCUAGUAGUUGAAGUAGUCAAUAAAGAGAUCAAUGAUUCUGAAAAGUAAUCUAUAAUGACAUUUCUAAAAAUUCAUGAAAUAGUAAUCAAUCUCAUUUAAAAUGGUAUGGCACAUUUUAUUUCUGUUUUGAAUGAUGAAUUCAUCAAAAUAGAAAGAAAAGAACAAUUAUUAUUGCUAUUUUCUAAUGCAUUUAAGUUUCUCAUUUGUUAUUGCACGAAUAACAAGGGAAAUCAAUUAAUACUCUAUCAAUAUCUAGAGAUAUAUUUAUAGUUUAUAUAAUAUGAUGUUGGACAAUGCAAACUUUUAAUUGAAAUAUUUAGAGACAAUCCAAGACUAUUAAACACUGGAGUUAAAUCCUUAGUAUAAAGAUUAAUCGAAAUAAUAGAAAGAGAAGGAAGACAAGUGAAGUUUGUUGAAAUACUAUUAAAUUUAAUUAGUAUUGCAGGAUAAUAUUUACUGGAAAAUUAAAUUCUGAUCUUAAAUACUUUCUUGCCUAUGAGAUCAUUGAAGGAAACGGAACAAAGACUAUUAUAUGCAGAAGGAAGUUAAUAAAAAGAUCUUCGUUUUUAUUUUGAUGAUUAAUUUUUGGAACCUGAAGAGAAUUUGAUAAAAUAAUUGGAAGCUAUUGAUUGGAAAGAUUGUUACAGAGAUGAACCAUUUUUAUAUCAUUCCAAGAUUCUAGAUUUGCUAUUGUAAACAUCUUUGAUUGAUAAUACUGUAAGAGAAUACAAUCCUUCACUCAUGCCUACGGAUAAUUUUAAUAUUAGUGUAUUUAAAUUAAAGAAAAUGAUCAAACCAAGUUAUCUAUUGGAAAUCUUAAGAUUAGAUGAUGAUAUGGUAUCUCUCAAGCAAAGAUUAGCAAGAAUGCCAACUCAAUUUAUUAAGGGUUAAGCUAGUUAAUAUCAGGAUGAAUAAUUUAAUAAAAAGAAAGGUUAUACAGCUCUGAAACCAAUAGUAUGCGAAUUCUUGAGAUUAGUACACAUUGUGAGUGAAAAAAAUAAUGCUUAAGAGGGAUUGCUAUCCUAAUUAAGCAGACAAUUUAUACAUUUUGUUGAAUUCGAAAGCAAAAAGUUAGAAUUUGUUGCAGCUGGAACGGAUUAUUAAAAUUGUUAUGUAGAUUAUAUUAUAGGCUAAGUUAUUCCACUUAUUUUAUGUUAUCAUUAAAGAGUGUUAAGUGUUUAAUAAGAGGAUGUUAAAAAUGCAUUAAUAGAAUUUUCUAGUUAGUUUGCAUAAGCUCUUUGCUCAACUUUCUACUAGAAAUUGACUAAGUAUGAACAGCUAGAAAUAAUAUCAAAGUUGAGGGAAUAUUAUCAAAAUGAAUACUAUGAACCUGCCUAUAGGUAGGAAGGAGAGUAAUCAAUAUUACAUCUAUAGCAUAUGCAGUUUUAAUUAGAGGAUGGUGAGGACUUAUAGCAGCCGAUUGAAGAAUAGCAUGUCUAAUCAAUUUAAAAGAAAUCUUAAUCCAAAUCAAAGAAUUUAUUAAGUUAAUUUGCUUCCUUGAAUUUAUCAUUGAUUAAUAAAACUAGCAAACACAAAAGAGGCGAUUUAACUCCAAUUAAAUUACAGGAACAAUGGAAAAGAUUUGCCGAGGAGUUGUUCAGAUCUCCUAAGUUGGAAGAGCAAAUAGACAUUGAGAAAGAAGCAUUGGCAGAUGCAAUCAUUGGAAUAGAUAAAUUAAUAUAGGAGCCUUGUGAAAUUAAACCAUCUUUGGAAUCCAUAUUAAAGAAAUUCAUCACAUUUCUUUAGACUGCUGUAUUACAAUAGGACAAUAAGGGAACUAUUGUCAUAUUAUUAAAGAUAAUGUCUAAGAUUAUUGAGAAGCAAGAUUCAGAUGAAAAGAAAGAAUACUAUUAGAAAUUAUUUGAUAAUUUGGGAGCAACAAGAAUGGUACUCAAUGUGAUCACAGAUUAUUCUAAAUUACUAAGUAAUGAAAUGCUGUAUUAUCUAAUUUCCUUUAUUAAUGUACUUCUUAGAAAUGGUAAUUCACAAGUACAGAACACAAUAUUUACGUUUUGUCAGACUCAAUAGAAAAGUGAGGUGAUGUUUUAGACAUUUGCUAAGUAUUUGGAAAUUGCUGCUACUUCAGGAAGAGACAAGAAUGAAGAUAAGGAGGAAGCUGAAGUUUAGAAGCAAAUAGUAAAUUGUAUAUUGAAGUUCUUUUAAAAUUGUACUGAAGGACAUUAUUAAGAUAUGUAGAAUUACAUUAGAUAUUAAUAUAAUUCAAGAGCAUCUAAAGAUCUCAUCAAUUUAGUAGCAGAUUUAUUUAAAAAUUAUGACCGAACUAAAUAGAAUUUCAGUAAUUUAAUGUGUUGUUUGGAUACACUAAAUGAAUUAGUUUAAGGUCCUUGUGCUGAGAAUCAAUUAGCAGUUGCAGAUUCUAAAUUUUUUGAUGUGGUCUAAGAGAUGUUUCCUUUAAGAAAAGGUGCUGUAUCAUAAUAAAAAGCAGUUAAGUCUGCAGCAACAAAAAGGAUAAGUGUGUUGCCAUCCCAAUCGGUUUCUAAUCUUUUAACAAGAGGAAUGAAGGCACAAUUGUAAAACAAGAUUUUAGUGUUGGUUCUGUCAUUGUUGGAGAAUAGGGAAAUCAAAGGAAAGAAUUCUAUAAUAAAAAGGAUUAUGAGAGUAUUGCCAAUGAAUGUUUUAGAAAGACAUUUGAGUAAGAUUUAUAAGAAAUGGUUCAAUAAAUAUACAGGUGAUUAUAAUAUGCAAGCAUUUGAAUUACUGAAGAUAGAUGCAAUGGAUUUAGAUGAAGAAAGUUAGGAAUUCAAGGAUUGUGAAAUUAUCAUAUAGAAUGGAUUCUAUAUCAUGUUCUUGAUUUGCUAUUAUAUGGAGAGUGAUGAAGAGAUCGAUUCAGUCUUUAUGGGAUACAACAAAUAAUAUUUAAAAAGUUAAAUUUAAUAGAAUUCGUUGUUUGAUCCAAACUCUACCUUAGGCUAAUUGUUUGCUUUAGGUAUGGAAUUAUAUGAAAUGUCCUUAUUGAAAACCUAAUAGAUGUUUAAUGAAUUGAACAAGACCAGAAAGGAUGAUCCAGAAUUCAUCUUAGAAUAGUAGAAGCGUAAAUAAGAGGAAAAGAAGAAGAGAUUGAAGAAAGCUUUUAUGUUCUUCAGAGCUAGAACAGCUCACAUAGAAGUAGUUAGAGAUGAUCAAAUAGAAUUAGUGUUCUUCCCAUUAUUACCUUUCAGUAAAUUAAAUAAGGAUGAGAAGCAGUCUUUUCAACAAACAGUCGAUCGUUCUUCUGCUAAAUCUAAGGUUCAGGAUCUCAUGGAAAAGAGUCCCGAGUUAAUCUAAAUCAUGAGACAUGAGGAAGAGAUGAACAGAUUCUAUAAGCAAUAUAAACUCAUUGGAUUCUUUGCCAAUUAUAUACAAUUGUGGAAGGACUUAGCCUUCUAUUUGACUCUGAUAAUCAACACAAUGAUCAUAGCUUCCUUUUCACAUCAAUCGGAUCCAGACAGACCAAAAGAGGAUGUGAGUAGUGAAGCUUUGGAUGAAUACGUAUUCUUUAGGAAAGAUGAAUGGACUUAAGCAUAAACUAAAGAGUUAAUCAGUGCACUAGGAUAUGCCAUGAUGGUUUGUUCCUUGUUUGUUGUAUUGUUUGUCUUAGCCAGAAUAGCUCCCCUUAUUAUCAAAAAGGCUUUGCAAAGAAAACCCUUAUUAGAAGGACAAGGAAUGAUAAAGCUAUUAAUAAAUUGGUUGGCCAAAUUCUUUUUCAUUUCCAACUUAGUUUACUAUUUGGGAUAUGGAGCAUUAUCUGUAAUUGGUACUUUAGUACAUCCCUUUUUCUUUUGUUUCCAUUUGACAGUCAUACUAAUAAGAUAUCCCACUUUGAGUAAUGUUGUUAGAGCAGUCACAAUGCCUUGGCAACAAUUAGUGCUGACUCUAUUGCUAAUUAUUAUCAUUACAUACAUCUUUACACUUAUUGCUUUCUAUGCUUUACAAGAUCCCUUUGGAUUGGAUUGCAAGGAAGUAAGUAUCUGCUUCUUAUAAAUAUUUGAUAAGAAUUUCAAAAUCCCUGGAGGAAUAGGAGGUGAUAUUACGAAUAAUAAUCCAUCUCCUACUUAUGAGAUUUUUAGAUACCUUUAUGAUCAAAUUAAUAAUCUAUUGUUAGUUAUUAUCAUGGUGAGUAUUGCAUCAGGUAUUAUUAUCGAUACCUUUGGAUAACUAAGAGAAGACGAAAACAAGAUGAAUAGUGAUAUUAAAGAUAAGUGUUUCAUAUGCGGUUAAGAGAAUAUCAUUUUCGAAAGAAGUUCAGAUGGAUCAUCGGGGGGAUUUAAGAAUCAUAUAAGACAGAAUCACUAUAUGUGGAAUUACUUAUAUUAUAUUGCUUAUUUGUAAUGGAAGGAUCCAUAAGAUUAUUCAGGCAUCGAAUCCUAUGUUGAUAAAAAAAUAAAAGACACAGAUUUGAGUUGGAUUCCUUUUGGAAGGGCUAGAGAAUUAGACAAAGGAGAGGAUGAAUCAGAAAAAUAGGCUAAACAGAUGGAACAAUCAUCCAGUAAUAUUGCAUCAUUGUUGACUCAUUCCAGUGAUAUAAUUUAAGCACUUAAAGAGAAGAAAGAAAAAAGAAAACAACACUUCACUUAAUAAACUUAACCAACACAAUAUAAGGAGUAAAUCUUAUCCCAAUAAUCAAUGGCAUUAUUAUGA